UGCGUUCCUGCCGGCAGUCAGCGGUGGCUUCCAGAGUCUGAGGAGGCUCCUUCACAGCCAUGGCUGAGGGCGGAGAAGGGGAGGAUGAGAUCCAGUUCUUGAGAACUGAUGAUGAGGUGGUGCUCCAGUGUGUGGCCACCAUCCAGAAGGAACAUCGCAAGUUCUGUCUGGCCGCAGAGGGACUGGGAAACCGUCUGUGUUACUUGGAACCCACUUCUGAAGCUAAGAGUGUUCCUCCAGACAUGUGUAUUUGUAACUUUGUGCUGGAGCAGUCCCUGUCGGUUCGGGCCCUGCAGGAGAUGCUGGCAAACACUGGGCAGAGCAGCGAAGGGAAAGCCGACCAUGAAAAAUGGGCGGUUCAGGGAGGUGGACACCGGACCCUGCUCUACGGUCACGCCAUCCUCUUACGUCACUCCUUCAGUGGCAUGUACUUGACCUGUUUGAAGACAUCAAGGUCUCUGACAGACAAGCUGUCAUUUGAUGUCGGACUACAAGAAGAUUCAAUAGGAGAAGCCUGCUGGUGGACAAUUCAUCCUGCAUCCAAGCAGAGAUCCGAGGGAGAGAAAGUCCGCAUUGGAGAUGAUCUCAUUCUCGUCAGCGUGUCCACGGAGAGAUACCUGCAUCUCUCGAACUCUAUCAGCAACAUUAUGGUGGACGCCUCCUUCAUGCAGACGCUCUGGAACGUGCAGCCUACCUGUUCAUCAGGCAACAUGGCUGUAGGGUAUUUGAUUGGUGGGCAUGUGAUGCGUCUCUGUCACGGUCACGACGAGAGCCUGACAAUCCCUGGAGCAGAUAAGAGUGAAGAGGAGCAGAGAAUAGUAAACUACGAAGCGGGGAAGGGAGCAUCAAGAGCCCGCUCCCUCUGGAGACUGGAGCCUCUCAGGAUCAGCUGGAGCGGCAGCCAUAUUCGAUGGGGACAACCAUUCCGUCUUCGCCAUCUCUCCACUGGACACUAUCUGGCCUUGACUGAAGAUCGUGGACUGGUCCUGCAGGACAGAGAGAAGUCGGACACCAAAGCCACUGCUUUCUGCUUUAAGACAUCUAAGGAAAAGGGCGACCCUGGCAUAAAGAGGGACAUUGACGGGAUGGGAGUUCCAGAGAUCAAGUACGGGGACUCUGUCUGUUUUGUGAUGCACGUGGCAACGGGACUGUGGCUCUCCUACCUGGCGCCUGAUGCUAAAUCGUCUCGUCUUGGUCCCCUGAAAAGACGGGCCUGCCUUCACUCUGAGGGCCACAUGGAUGACGGUCUCAUCCUACAGCGCUGCCAGCAUGAGGAAUCUCGGGCUGCUCGCAUCAUCCGAAACACCACAUUCCUCUUCAAAAACUUCAUAAAGGCACUGGAUAGCGCUGCGGCUGGGGAGAUGAAUGCAGUGGCCGGAUAUGUUGAAGAGGUGCUGCAGACGCUGAACGAUCUGAUUGAAUACUUCAAGCAGCCCGAUGUAGAGCUCGAGCACGAGGAAAAACAGUGUCUGCUUCGCUCCCUCAUCAAACGGCAAGACCUCUUCAAGGAGGAGGGCAUGCUGGCUCUUCUGUCCAAGUGCAUUGACCGGAUGAACCUCUAUGACAGUGCGGCCCACUUCGGAGAGAUGGCUGGCGAGGAAGCUGGCGCAGCGUGGAAGGACAUCCUCAACCUCCUCUAUGAACUCCUGGCUGCACUGAUUCGAGGAAACCGGACCAACUGCACCCAGUUUUCCCGAAACCUGGACUGGUUGGUCAGCAAGCUGGAGAGAAUGGAGUCAUCAUCAGGAAUCCUGGAAGUCCUCCACUGCAUUUUGGUCGAAAGCCCAGAAGCUCUGAACAUCAUUCAGAAAGGACAUAUUAAAUCCAUCAUCUCUCUGCUCUACAAGCAUGGACGCAACCACAAGAUCCUGGACGUCCUCUGCUCUCUGUGUGUGUGCAAUGGGGUGGCAGUGAGAGCCAAUCAGAAUCUGAUCUGUGACAACCUGCUGCCCAAAAGGGACCUUUUGCUCCAGACCCGACUAGUCAAUGAUGUUCAAAGCAUAAGGCCCAACAUCUUCCUGGGCAUUGCUGAAGGUUCAGCUCAGUAUAAGAAGUGGUACUUCGAGCUGGUCAUCGACCAGGUGGACCAUUUCGUAACUGGGGAGCCGACCCACCUGAGAGUGGGCUGGGCCAACACCAAAGGCUACGCGCCGUAUCCCGGUGGAGGAGAGGGCUGGGGAGGGAACGGCGCUGGUGAUGACCUGUACUCCUACAGCUUUGAUGGGCUUCAUCUGUGGUCAGGUCGAAUCCCCAGGGCAGUGGCCUCCAUUAACCAGCACCUGCUGAACUCAGACGACGUGGUGAGCUGCUGUCUGGAUUUGGGCGCUCCCAGCAUGUCCUUCAGGAUCAACGGGCAGCCUGUACAGGGCAUGUUCGAGGACUUUAACGUCGACGGCUUCUUUUUCCCCGUCGUCAGCUUCUCUGCAGGAGUCAAAGUCCGUUUCCUGCUGGGAGGACGUCACGGAGACUUUAAGUUCCUGCCGCCAGCAGGUUACUCUCCGUGCUACGAAGCCCUCCUGCCCAAAGAAAAGAUGCAUGUGGAGCCUGUGAAGGAGUACAAGAGGGACCAUGAUGGGGUCCGCGAUCUGCUGGGAACCACCCAGUUCCUCUCUCAGGCCUCCUUUAUUCCCACCCCAGUUGACACCACCCAGAUUGUUCUUCCGCCUCAUCUGGAGAACAUUCGCGACAAGUUGGCAGAAAACAUCCACGAACUUUGGGGAAUGAAUAAAAUUGAACUGGGCUGGACUUAUGGCAAGGUUCGUGAUGACAACAAGAGGCAGCACCCUUGCCUUGUGGAUUUCAGCAAGCUGCCUGAAACCGAAAAGAACUACAACGUGCAGAUGUCAAGCGAAACGCUCAAGACUCUGUUGGCACUUGGAUGCCAUGUCGCCCAGGUUAAUGUUCACGCCGAAGAGGAUCUGAAGAAGAUCAAAUUACCAAAAGACUACAUGAUGUCUAAUGGAUACAAGCCUGCGCCACUGGAACUCUCUGAUGUGAAACUGACUGCAGGUCAAGAGGUUCUAGUUGAUAAACUGGCCGAAAACGCACAUAAUGUUUGGGCCAAAGACCGAAUCAAACAAGGGUGGACCUAUGGCAUCCAGCAGGAUUUGAAGAGCAGACGCAAUCCUCGCCUGGUGCCAUAUGCUUUACUGGACGAGCGUACGAAGAAAUCGAACAGAGACAGUCUGAGAGAAGCCAUUAGGACUAUGGUUGGAUAUGGAUAUGACAUCGACCCUCCAGACCAGGAGGCGGUGCACGCACUAGAUAAUCAGAACGUCGAGACGAUCCGCUUUUUCCGCGUGGAACAAACGUAUGCCGUGAAGACGGGGAAGUGGUACUUUGAGUUUGAGGUCCUGAGUGGAGGAGACAUGAGGGUCGGCUGGGCCAGGCCGGGCUGCAGGCCUGAUGUGGAGCUGGGAACAGACGACCAGGCCUAUGUCUUUGAUGGAUACAGGGGUCGACGAAUGCACGUUGGCAGCCGCUACUUUGGGCAUCCCUGGAAGAAGGGUGACGUGGUUGGUUGCAUGAUAAACAUGGAGGACAAAUCUAUGAUUUUUACUCUGAACGGAGAGCUCCUGAUUACCAGCAAGGGUUCUGAGCUCUGCUUCGCCGACUUUGAAACUGAAGAUGGUUUUAUUCCGGUGUGCAGUCUUGGCAUGUCUCAGAUCGGCCGUAUGAACCUCGGCAAGGACGCCAGCACUUUCAAAUACUACACCAUGUGUGGUCUCCAGGAGGGCUUCGAGCCCUUCGCUGUCAACAUGAACAGGGAGAUAACCAUGUGGUUCAGCAAGCGUUUGCCCACCUUUUUCAAUGUACCCCAGGACCACAUGCACAUCGAGGUUACGAGGAUUGACGGGACGGUAGACAGCCCCCCAUGUCUAAAGGUCACACAUAAGACAUUUGGCACCCAGAACAGCAACAGCGACAUGGUUUACUGCAGACUCAGCAUGCCGGUGGAGUUCUACUCUGCCGACAGGCUACUAGACGAGUCGCUGAAACUCAGCCAUCCUCCAAAAGAAGAUGGAAGUAUGGACUAUGGAAGCAUCACAACAUAUUACCACUCGGUGAGAGUGUUUGCUGGACAGGACCCCGCCACCGUGUGGGUGGGCUGGGUCACACCAGACUAUCACUACUACAGCAAGAACUUCAGCCUGAGCAAGACACAAACCGUCACGGUGACUCUGGGAGACGAGAGGGGCCGAGUCCAUGAGAGUGUACAGAGGAGUAACUGCUACAUGGUGUGUGCAGCAGACGCUCUCGGCCCCUCUUCCACCAGCCGCCCCAACACAGACCUGGAGAUCGGCUGUCUGGUUGACUUAGCCAGCGGCCUCGUCUCCUUCACUGCCAAUGGAAAAGAACUGCCUACAGUGUAUCAGGUGGAGCCAAACACCAAGCUUUUCCCCGCUGUGUUUUGCUGCCCCACCAGUUCCAACCUCUUCCAGUUUGAAUUUGUCAAGAUAAAGGAUGCCAUGCCGCUGUCCUCAGCCAUGUUCAGAAGCGAGCAACGGAACCCGGUCCCCCAGUGUCCGCCCCGUCUAGAUGUGCAGACCAUCGUGGCGGUGCUUUGGAGCCGCAUGCCGAACACCUUCCUGAACGUGGAGACGGCUCGGGUCAGCGAGAGGCACGGCUGGGUGGUGCAGUGUCUGGAGCCUCUGCAGAUAAUGGCUGUGCACAUACCCGAAGAGAACAGGUGCUUGGACAUCCUGGAGUUGUCGGAGCACGAGGACCUGAGGAAGUUCCACUCCCACACUCUGAAGUUGUACUGCGCGCUCUGUGCUCUGGGAAACACGCGUGUCGCUCACGCUCUCUGCAGCCAUCUAGACCAGUCCCAGCUUCUCUACACCAUCGACAACCAGUACCUGUCAGGCAUGCUCAGAGAAGGCUUCUACGAUGUCCUCAUCAGCAUUCAUCUUGAGACGGCGAAGGAAGCGCGCCUAAUGAUGAACAACGAAUUCAUUAUCCCCGUGACGGAUGAGACCCGUUCCAUCAAGCUGUUCCCCGACGAAUCCAAGCGUCACUCUCUUCCCGGCGUGGGCCUGAGCACUUCCCUCAAGCCUCGGGUCAACUUCUCCCCGGUCGGCAUCAUCAACACCAAGCGGCCCCUGUACCUCUUCAGCCCCCAGAUCCCGCUGGGCGUCCUGAAGGAGAAAGCCAUCAGCAUGCUCACGGAGGCCGUUCAGGGCGGAGGCUCCCACGUCCGAGACCCGGUGGGCGGCAGCUUAGAGUACCAGUUCGUCCCCAUCCUGAAGCUCAUCGGAACGCUGCUCAUCAUGGGGGUGUUGACCAGCGAGGAGGUGAGGCUGAUUCUCCUGCUGGUGGAGCCCAACGUGUUCGGGGAGGCCACCGAAGGAGAGGAAGGAGGCGGAGGCGGCGGGGGCGAGGUGGUCGUGGCGGGGGAGAAAGAGGAGGUGAGCAAGAACGAGGAGAAGGCCGUGGAGGCGGGAGAGGAGGAGACCAAGGAGAGCAAACCGAGCGCAAAAGGUCUGCUGGAGAAGUCCCUGCCGGAGUCUGUCAAACGCCAGAUGUGCGAGCUGCUGCACUACUUCGCCGACUGCGAGCUGCAGCACCGCAUCGAGGCCAUCGUCUCGUUCUCCGACCGCUUCGUUUCCAAGCUGCAGUACAACCAGAAGUUCCGCUACAACGAGCUGAUGCAGGCGUUCAACAUGUCCGCCGCCGUGACGGCCAAGAAGACCAAGGAGUUCCGCUCGCCGCCACAUGAGCAGAUCAAUAUUCUGCUGAACUUCAGUGCAGGGGAGGACUGCCCUUGUCCCGAGGAGAUCCAGGAUGAGCUCAAGUCUUUCCAUGAAGAACUACGGCUGCACUGUGGAAUCCCAGUGGAGGAGGAGGAAGAGGAGCAGGAUACAUCAAUUAAAGGUCGGCUGCUGGCGUUGCUCUACAAGAUCAAGGGCCCUCCUCAGAAGACGGAACAGGAGCCCGCAGAGACUGAACAGGCUGCUCCGACCAACCUGAAGGAGCUGAUUUCUCAGACUAUAACAACUUGGGCCCAGGAGUCCCACAUCCAGGACCCGGAGCUGGUCAGAGUGAUGUUCAGCCUGCUGAGGAGGCAGUACGAUGGCAUCGGCGAACUGCUGCGGGCCAUGAAGAAAUCUUACACCAUCAGCGCUGCCUCCGUGCAGGAUGCUAUUAACCUGCUGGCCUCUCUGGGCCAAAUCCGGUCUCUGCUUUCAGUGCGCAUGGGCAAGGAGGAGGAGAAACUGAUGAUUGAUGGGCUUGGGGACAUCAUGAAUAAUAAGGUUUUCUACCAGCAUCCCAAUCUGAUGAGAGUUUUGGGAAUGCACGAGACUGUCAUGGAGGUCAUGGUCAACGUCCUGGGUGGAGACAAGUCACAGGAGAUUGCCUUUCCCAAGAUGGUGGCCAGCUGCUGUCGAUUUUUGUGUUAUUUCUGCCGCAUUAGCCGCCAGAACCAGAAAGCCAUGUUUGAUCACCUGAGCUACCUGCUGGAGAACAGCAGCGUUGGGCUGGCCUCUGAAGCAAUGCGAGGCUCCACUCCUCUGGAUGUUGCAGCAUCUUCAGUGAUGGACAACAACGGUCUGGCUUUGGCUCUGGAGGAACCUGACCUGGAGAAGGUGGUGAUGUAUCUGGCAGGAUGUGGUCUUCAGAGCUGCGCCAUGCUGGUCGCGAAGGGUUACCCGGACCUGGGCUGGAACCCCAUAGAGGGAGAGCGCUACCUCUCCUUCCUGAGAUUUGUUGUCUUCUGCAAUGGUGAGAGCGUGGAGGAAAACGCCAACGUGGUGGUGAAGCUGCUGAUCAGGCGUCCCGAGUGUUUCGGCCCCGCCCUGAGGGGAGAGGGAGGACAGGGUCUGCUGGCUGCCAUGAAGGAGGCCAUCAAGAUCUCUGAGGAUCCCGCUCUGGACCUGCCGAAGCCCUCGGCUGGGGCCACUGCUGGGUCUGGUGAAGAGGAAGGAGAGGUUAUCCACAUGGGCAACGCCAUCAUGUCCUUCUACUCGGCCCUCAUCGACCUGCUGGGACGCUGCGCUCCAGAGAUGCAUCUUAUCAACGCAGGUAAAGGUGAAGCACUGCGUAUCAGAGCCAUCCUGCGUUCUCUCGUUCCCACUUCAGACCUGGUGGGCAUCAUUAGCAUCCCCCUCAACAUGCCUGUGGUUAAUAAAGACGGUACCGUGACAGAACCUGACAUGUCGGCUUCCUUCUGUCCGGACCACAAGGCCCCCAUGGUGCUCUUUCUGGACAGAGUUUACGGCAUCGAGGACCAGAGCUUCCUGCUUCAGAUGCUGGAAGUCGGCUUCCUGCCUGACCUCAAAGCUUCAGCAUCUCUGGACACCGAGGUGCUGAGCACCACAGAAACGGCGUUAGCCAUGAAUCGCUACAUCGGUUCGGCCCUGCUUCCCCUGCUGACCCGCUGCGCCGCUCUGUUCGAGAACACGGAGCACUACGCGCAGCUGGUCGACUCCACGCUGGAGACCAUCUACCGCCUGUCCAAAGGUCGCUCGCUCACCAAAGCCCAGCGGGACUCCAUCGAAGAGUGUCUGCUGGCUAUCUGCAAGCAUCUUCGUCCAUCCAUGAUGCAGCAGCUGCUCAGGCGACUUGUGUUUGACGUUCCUCUGCUCACUGAAUACUGCAAGAUGCCUCUCCGGCUGCUGACCAACCACUACGAGCAGAACUGGAAGUACUACUGCCUCCCGUCUGGAAUGGGAGGCUUCGGCAUGGCCUCUGAGGAGGAACUUCUUCUCACCAAGAAACUCUUCUGGGGAAUUUUUGACUCCCUUUCUCAGAAGAAGUAUGAUUCAGAACUUUUUAAAAUGGCCAAGUCGUGCCUGUGUGCCAUCGCUGGAGCCCUGCCUCCGGACUUCGUGGAUACCAGCUUAGGGUCGACGCUGGAGAAACAGGAGUCGGUGGACGCGCAGGGAAACUUUGAGCCCAAACCCAUCAACACUGCCAACAUCUCCCUUCCUGAAAAACUUGAGUACAUUGCCAACAAGUAUGCAGAGCAUUCCCAUGACAAGUGGGCUUCAGAAAAGAUGUCGGCUGGCUGGAAACACGGAGACAGUUUGGACGAGCAGGCCAAGACCCAUCCACUGCUGAAGCCGUACAAAGCUUUAAGUGAGAAGGAGAGAGAAACCUACCGCUGGCCUGUGAAAGAGUCCUUGAAGAGCAUGCUGGCUAUGAGCUGGAAUAUUGAGAGGACCAAGGAGGGAGAAGCCAUGUUUCAACAACGAGAGAGUGAAAAACAGCGCAAGCUCUCAGAAUCUCAGUCUAAUGGAUUCAGUCCUGCUCCGAUGGACCUGCACAAUGUCACCUUGUCCCGAGAGUUACAGAGUAUGGUGGAAGUUGUUGCAGAAAAUUACCACAACAUCUGGGCCAAGAAGAAGAAGUCCGAACUUCUUAGUAAAGGAGGAGGGUUGGCUCACCCGCUGCUUGUCCCCUAUGAUACCUUAACUGCUAAAGAGAAGUACAGAGACAAAGAAAAGGCUCAAGAACUCUUCAGGUUCCUGCAGAUAAGUGGCUAUGCUAUCACAAGAGGUUUGAAGGACAUGGAGCAGGACUCGUCAUCCAUGGAAAAGCGUUUCUCCUACAAGUUCCUAAAGAGGCUCCUAAAAAAUGUCGAUUCUGCCCAGGAAUUUAUUGCCCAUCUUGAGGCCAUGGCUACCAGUGGGAAAACUGACAAGUCACCCCAUGACCAGGAAAUCAAGUUCUUUGCAAAGAUUUUGCUCCCACUGAUUGAUCAGACCUUUAAGAAUCACUGCCUGUAUUUCCUAUCCACACCUAGCAAGAACCUGAGCAGCUGUGGCUAUGCCUCCAACAAGGAGAAGGAGAUGGUCACCAGCCUGUUCUGUAAGAUGGCAGCUCUUGUUAGACACAGGAUUUCUCUCUUUGGAAGCGACUCUGCAAUUAUGGUGAGCUGUCUUCACAUCCUGUCCCACUCCCUCGAUACAAGAACAGUGAUGAAAUCUGGCGCAGAGCUGGUCAAAGUCGGGUUCAAGGCCUUCUUUGAGAACGCGGCUGAGGACUUGGAGAAGCUGGUGGAGAUGCUGAAGCUGGGGAAGUUCAUGCAGUCGCGUGCCCAGAUGAAGAGUGUGACUCAGAGCAUCAACUAUGUGACCGUGGCCCUGCUGCCCAUCCUCACUGCCCUGUUUGAACAUAUUAGGAUCCAUGAGUUUGAUGUGGACCUGCUUUUGGAUGAUGUGCAGCUGUCCUGCUACCGAAUCCUGAUGUAUUUUUACAGCCUGGGAACGGCAAAGAAUGUGUUUGUGGAGAGGCACCUGCCAGCGAUUGGGGAGAGUCUGGCGACGCUGGUGGGAGCCAUGCCUGUAGCUUUCCUGGAGCCUCAUCUAAACGCCCACAACCCGCUUUCGGUCUUCAACACCAAGACCCCCCGAGAGAGAGCCAUCCUGAGCAUGCCCGACUCGGUGGAGGAGAUGUGUCCAGAGAUGCCUCGCCUUGACAAACUGCUUAAGGACGUCAACGACGUGUCGGAGUCCGGCGCUCGCUACUGCGACAUGCCACAGGUUAUUGAGGUUGUCCUCCCCAUGCUGUGCAACUACUUGUCCUACUGGUGGGAGAAAGGCCCGGAGAACUCGCCCCCAGGUACCGAGUGCUGCACCACGGUGACUUCUGAGCACCUCAGCAUUAUUCUGGGAAACAUCCUGAAGAUCCUCAACAACAACCUCGGCAUCGAUGAUGCUCCUUGGAUGAAAAGGAUUGCAGUUUACUCUCAGCCAAUCAUCUGCAAAGCUGGAGCCGAUUUGCUGAGAACCCACUUCCUGCCCACAAUGGAAAAGCUAAAGAAAAAGACAGUAAAGGUCGUAUCUGAGGAGGAGCUGCUGAAGGCGGACAGUAAAGGCGACAUCCAGGAGGCAGAGCUGCUCAUUCUGGACGAGUUUGGUGUCCUCUGCAGGGACCUCUACGCUUUCUACCCCAUGCUUAUUCGUUAUGUGGACAAUAACAGGUCCAGGUGGCUGAAGGAGCCGGACGCAGACUCCACUGAGCUCUUUAGGAUGGUGGCGGAGAUCUUCAUCCUCUGGUGCAAAUCCAACAACUUCAAGCGUGAGGAGCAGAACUUUGUUAUUCAGAACGAGAUCAACAACCUGGGCUUCCUGACCGGGGAGGGCAAGUCCAAGAUGUCCAAGUCUGGUGGGGACCAGGAGAGGAAACACAAGCGCCGUCGGGGUGAAUACUACUCCAUCCAAACGUCUCUGAUCAUAGCUGCCCUCAAGAAGCUGCUGCCCAUCGGCCUGAACAUGUGCACCCCAGGAGACCAGGAGCUCAUCUCUUUGGCCAAGAUACGCUACAGUCUGAAAGACACAGAUGACGAAGUGAAGGAGCACUUGCGUCAGAACCUUCACCUCCAGGAGAAGUCGGAUGACCCAGCGGUUUACUGGCAGCUGAACCUUUAUAAAGAUGUUGUGGUGAAGUCUGAGGAACCGUCGGAUUCAGAGCACACAGUGGAGAGAAUCCAGAGCAUCUCUGCGGCUGUCUUCCACUUGGAGCAGGUAGAACAGCCUCUGAGGAAUAAAAAGUGCGUGAUGCAGAAGCUGCUGUCCAAGCAGCGUAAGCGUGCUGUGGUGGCUUGUUUCCGCAUGGCUCCACUUUACAAUUUACCCAGGCAUCGUGCUAUCAACUUCUUCAUCCCGGCCUUUGAGAGACUUUGGAUAGAGGCAGAGGAGUACUCCUUUGAGGAAAAGCUAGUUCAGGACCUGGCAAAAACCCCGAUGAAGAUUGUGGAGGAAGAGGAAGAAGAGGUGGCUGAUAUCAAGCCUGACCCUCUCCACCAGCUCAUCCUCCACUUCAGUCACAACGCUCUGACAGAGAGAAGCCACCUGGAAGAAGAUCCUUUAUAUAUUGCAUAUGCAGACAUGAUGGCAAAGAGCUGUGCAGAGGAUGAGGAGGAAGAGGAAGACGAAGAGCGGGAAAAGACAUUUGAGGAAAAGGAGAUGGAAAAGCAGAAGAUCCUGUAUCAGCAGGCUAGGCUGCACGCCCGUGGGGCUGCUGAAAUGGUGCUGCAGAUGAUCAGCGCCACUAAAGGUCGUCUGGGCCCCAUGGUGACCUGCACCCUCAAACUGGGCAUCUCCAUCCUAAAUGGAGGCAACGUGCAAGUUCAACAGAAAAUGCUCGAUUACUUGAAGGAAAAAAGAGAUGCAGGCUUUUUCAAGAGCCUGUCAGGACUAAUGCAGUCUUGCAGUGUCCUGGACUUGAAUGCAUUCGAGAGGCAAAACAAGGCAGAAGGACUCGGCAUGGUGACAGAAGAAGGUUCAAUCCACACUCAGCGGGGCUCCAAGGUACUUCAAAAUGAUGAGUUCACCAAAGACCUGUUCCGCUUUUUGCAACUGCUCUGUGAGGGGCAUAAUGGAGAUUUCCAAAACUUCCUAAGAACCCAAACUGGAAACACAACCACAGUCAACAUCAUUAUCAGCACUGUAGACUAUUUGCUUCGUCUCCAGGAAUCAAUCAGUGACUUUUAUUGGUAUUAUUCUGGGAAAGAUGUAAUUGAUGAGACCGGGAAGUACAACUUCUCCAAAGCUUUAUCCGUGGCCAAGCAGAUAUUUAACUCGCUCACUGAGUACAUUCAGGGGCCUUGUAUUGGAAACCAACAGAGUUUAGCUCAUAGCAGACUGUGGGAUGCCGUUGUUGGCUUCUUGCACGUGUUUGCAAACAUGCAAAUGAAGCUAUCACAGGAUGCCAGUCAGAUUGAGCUCUUGAAGGAACUGAUGGAUUUACAGAAGGACAUGGUUGUCAUGUUGCUGUCUCUCCUUGAGGGUAACGUGGUGAACGGAACCAUCGGGAAACAGAUGGUCGACACCCUGGUGGAGUCUUCCAGCAACGUGGAGAUGAUUCUCAAAUUCUUUGACAUGUUCCUCAAGCUGAAGGACCUCACGACCUCCGACAACUUUAGGGAGUACGACCCAGAAUUCAAAGGAAUUAUCUCCAAAAAGGAGUUCCAGAAGUCCAUGGAGAGCCAGAAGCAGUACAACCAGUCGGAAAUCGAGUUCCUGCUCUCCUGUGCAGAGGCCGACGAGAACGACAUGUUUAACUACAAGGAGUUUGUGGAGCGAUUCCACGAGCCGGCCAAAGACAUUGGUUUCAACGUGGCCGUGCUGCUGACCAACCUGUCUGAACACAUGCCCCACGACUCCCGGCUCGCCACCUUCCUGGACCUGGCGGAGAGCGUCCUCAGCUACUUCGAGCCUUACCUGGGUCGCAUUGAAAUCUUGGGCAGCGCCAAGCGGAUCGAGAGGGUCUACUUCGAGAUCAGCGAGUCGAGCCGCGAGCAGUGGGAAAAGCCGCAGGUGAAGGAAUCCAAGCGGCAGUUCAUCUUCGACGUGGUGAACGAGGGCGGCGAGAGCGAGAAGAUGGAGAUGUUUGUGAAUUUCUGCGAGGACACCAUCUUUGAGAUGCAGCUGGCCUCGCAGAUCUCCGAGCCCGACGCUGUGGAGCAGCCCGACGACGAGGAGGAGGAGGAAGUGCACAGCAUCCUCGAGGAGCUGUCUGGCGCAGAAGACGGCGCCGCGGAGUCCGCCUCAGCGUUCACCACGGCGUGCCGUUCAGUCAAGAAGAAGAUCGCAGACGUCCGGCAGAUUUUCACCGUUAAAACCGUCCGUAAGCAGUUCAAAAAAAUCAAGAAACUGAGCAUCAAGGAGCUGAUCACGGGCUUCUUCUCCUUCUUCUGGAUGAUCUUCAUCGGCUUCUUUAAGGGAAUUUUCAGCCUCGUCUUUGGCUUCUUCCACGUCAUCUGGUCCUCCAUUUUUGGAGGAGGGCUCGUUGAGGGGGCCAAGAACAUGAAGGUGACGGACAUCCUCGGCAACAUGCCGGACCCGACUCAGUUCGGCAUCCACGGAGACGUGGGAGAAGGGGACAAAGUGGAGGCUAUGGAGUCAUCGGGAAGCUUGGACAAAGCCAUGGCGCCUGCAGGGGACAUCGCCGAGGCGGACGUGAUGCUGGAGAUGCUGGCCCCUAAAAAGGAAGGAGGAAAACACGUGGAGCCCGGGCUGGGGGACGUGUCUGAGCUGAGCGGAGAGACCUCCGCUGCAGACAGUAAAAAGAAAGCUGCUGCCAAGGCGGCCGAGGCCUUUGAAAAUCAGCCAGAAAAAGCAGACACAGAGAACCAGGAGAAGGAGGACAAACCAAAGGAGGAGGAGGAGGCUAAGGAGCCAGUUGUGGAGGAGAAACCCAAACCCAGAUCCAGUCAGCCCAAAGAGGCGUCUCCUGCCUUUAUGUCAACCAUCUUUGCUGUUCUUGACGUCUACCUGAACAAGAUGCUGAACUACCUGGCUCGCAACUUCUACAACCUCCGUUUCCUGGCCCUGUUUGUUUGCUUCGCCAUCAACUUCAUCCUGCUCUUUUACAAGGUCACCGGUGAGACCGAAGAAGAGGAGGACGACGAGGACAGUUGGGGCGGUGAAGAAGAUGACGAGAACACACUGUUCGACAUGGACGAGUUUGUGCUGCAGGAGAGCACGGGCUACAUGCUGCCGACGCUGCGCUUCUUGGCUGUGUUCCACACAGUCAUCUCGCUCGUCUGCCUGGUCGGCUACUACUGUCUGAAGGUUCCCCUGGUGGUCUUCAAGAGGGAGAAGGAGAUCGCCAGGAAGCUGGAAUUCGACGGUCUGUACAUCACCGAGCAGCCGUCUGACGACGACAUCAAGGGCCAGUGGGAUCGGCUCGUCAUCAACACGCCAUCUUUCCCGAACAACUACUGGGACAAGUUCAUCAAACGCAAGGUGAUCAACAAAUAUGGCGACAUGUAUGGGGCCGAACGCAUCGCUGAGCUUUUAGGUCUGGAUAAGACUGCUCUGGACUUUGACCCCACUGUGGAAACGGUUGAGAAGGAAGCGUCCCUGCUUUCCUGGUUAAGCUCUAUUGACACAAAGUACCACAUCUGGAAACUGGGAGUGGUUUUGACCGACAAUUACUUCCUGUAUCUUAUCUGGUAUUCCACCAUGUCCAUUUUUGGACACUUCAACAACUUCUUCUUUGCUGCACAUCUGCUGGACAUCGCUAUGGGCUUCAAGACGCUUCGCACCAUCCUGUCGUCUGUCACUCACAAUGGCAAGCAACUUGUGCUGACUGUGGGUCUGCUGGCCGUAGUCGUCUACCUCUACACUGUGGUGGCCUUCAACUUCUUCAGAAAGUUCUACAAUAAGAGCGAGGAUGAAGACGAGCCUGACAUGAAGUGUGACGACAUGAUGACGUGUUACCUGUUCCACAUGUACGUGGGCGUUAGAGCCGGCGGAGGCAUUGGCGACGAGUUGGAGGACCCGGCUGGAGAUCCCUAUGAACUCUACCGCAUCCUGUUUGACAUCACCUUCUUCUUCUUCGUCAUCGUCAUCCUGCUGGCCAUCAUUCAGGGUUUAAUCAUCGAUGCCUUUGGUGAGCUGAGAGACCAGCAGGAGCAGGUGAAGGAGGACAUGGAGACCAAAUGCUUCAUCUGCGGCAUUGGGAAUGACUACUUUGAUCGAACGCCCCAUGGGUUUGAAACUCACACCCUACAAGAGCACAACCUGGCCAACUACCUGUUCUUCCUGAUGUACCUGAUCAACAAGGAUGAGACUGAACACACGGGUCAGGAGUCGUAUGUGUGGAAGAUGUACCAGGAGAGAUGCUGGGACUUCUUCCCUACAGGAGACUGCUUCCGUAAACAAUAUGAGGACCAGCUGGGUUAGGAGGGGGGGCGGCCACAGCCGGCGCCUCCCCCUACACCCAUCCCUACGUGACGUCGCCCUGUUAACAGAACCCGAACACAUCUUUUACUGUACUCAUGACUGGACGCUCUGGAUUUGUGCAUAAAAUUCCUUUUACUUCCUGCCACCUCAUUUAUGCAACCUUCCUUUGAUUCUGAAUCACAUUGCCUUUUAACUUGCUUAAACUCAACUACUUACACAAUGUGUUGUGUGUAGACGUCUGAGACGCGUUGAGGCUUACAGCAUGCCACUGAACGUCCGUACGUGCACAACUUCUUGUCAGGACCUUUUGCGUCACCGCAAAGCCGAGUGGAUGUUUGCUCCCGGAGAUGAUCGAUGCCGAUUGAGUUAACGUCCGAUUAUUCACCUUUCAAAGCGUGUAAUGAAAUGAUCGUGGUUCCUUCUUGACCAGAGAUGACUCUGUUUAGGUGUUUAUCAAGUGCCAACGUGCCUUUUGGAAAAACUAUGCAAAAAAAAAAAUGUCUCUUUGUUCCUUCUUAACACAAGCAGUGCUCUAGUUCUGGUCUUUAUCACAAGCAGAUUUACAUCGGGAUUUUUUUUUUUUUGGCUUUUAAAUGAACAAAAAAAAAAAAGUAAUACAUUUGGUGUAUAAAAUCUAGACAUUUCUUGUGUAAAUGUUGCUUAGUUUGGUGGUGUCCCACCCACCCCGCACCUCUUUCCACAGUAGAUGAACCCCACAGCAGAGACUUAUAAAACAUGGUUAAAUGAUUUAUUGGCUGAACGGUUGACUGCCACUGUAUGGCCAUUUGUACGUAUUUAGUUGAUGCGGAAGAUUUCAUUUCUUUUGAUGAAGGGGGGAAAUUAAUAAACUGAUGCAAUAUCA